AUGCCUGCGCUCACGAUCGCGACCGACAAAGCUGCCCCCGCGGCAUCCGGCGCAACCGCCACCGCCGCCGCGACGCAACCGCGCUCCGCCUCGCCGCCGACCACCGGGCCGCCCAUGUCACCCAUCACGCCGCCUCUCAACGCCACGCGACUCCCCGGCGACGACAACUCCUCCUCCUCCUCCGCCGCCGCCGCCGCCGCCGCCGCCGCCCCGGGCGCGCGCCCUCCUCCGCUGACGCACACGACGCAGGAGACGCCCUCCACGCUGCCCCUCGCCCCCGGACCAGAGCCGAUCGACUUUGACGCCAACCCGGACACGAUUGCGCUCAAGUCGGCGAUAUCCGUGCUGCAGCUGCAGCGCCGGCGCGCCACGGCCGACAUCCAGGCCCUCAGCCGCGCCAAGGAGGAGGCCGUCGGCGACCCCGAGGCUUUUGUGCGCGACCUCGUCGCCGGAAAGGUCAACAAGCCCCCCGGCUCCGGCACCGACGAGGAGGAGGAGCAGGAAGGGCAAGGGCCGGCAAGGCAGUGGACGACGUUGCCGAAGCCGCAAGAGGUCGUGCGCUGCCCGCCCAUCAACUGGUCGCAGUACGCCGUUGUCGGCGACUCGCUCGACAAGCUGCACGCGGAGCAGGUGGCGCGUCCGACGCAGGGGACUCCCGCGGCGUACAUACCUGGCCACGCGGGCAUGUACGAGUUCAGCGGCGGCAACGGGCGUCAAGAAACUUAUCAAGGCGCGGCGGUGCCGUAUAACCCAGUCAAGGAUAGAGUUGACAGGAAAGCUACCAGCAAGGCGAGAAAGUAG